CUUUCUGCUUUGUAUUCAUUUUGUGUUUAUUUGCCUGAUGUCUGGCUUUCUAUUUGGUUGCUGUCCUGUUUUUACUUUUCUCUAUUUGUAGUGCACUCUAUUUUGUAUUAUGGAUUGUGGUACCCCUUGUACCUCUAUUUAUAAUACACAUUUGGCUUAUCAAAAAAAAAUCUAUUACCCUAUCUUACUCUUAAUUUCCAUACACACACGGUUGCCCUUGAGUCUUCCAUCCGUUUCAUCUUUCCAAAUAUCAGACAAAAAUAGGCCACAACAAGGAACCGUGAAAGUAGAAUCAGAUUCAAUCUCAGAAUCGAUCCAUUUUCUGAUCAAUUUCUCUAUCUCCUUUAAUUUCUUUGCACACUUCUCUUUUGGUUGUUGACAUAUUGCAAAUUAAAUGGAAAAGAAAGUGCUUGAUUUCAUAUUGAUCCCAAGUGGUCUCCUUGUAAUGGUGGCAUACCAUGUCUGGCUCCUUCACCGGGUGGUGAAGCAUCCUACCAAAACCAUUAUUGGUGUGAAUGCAUUCAAUCGCCGGUUAUGGGUUCAAGCUAUGAUGGAGGAUGCAUCCAAGAAUGGGGUUCUAGCAGUGCAAUCUCUAAGGAACAACAUAAUGGCAUCAACCCUUUUAGCUUCAACAGCCAUAAUGCUAACUUCCCUCAUUGCAGUACUAAUGGGAAGUGGCAGCCAGAGGAAAAGCGUUGUCUAUGAAGUCUUUGGAGACAGAAGCGAACUCGGCUUGUCAAUAAAAUUCUUCUCAAUUCUGGUCUGCUUCUUGCUGGCAUUCUUGCUUAAUGUGCAGUCCAUAAGGUACUACAGCCACGCCACCAUCCUCAUCAACGUGCCCUUCAAGAAACUGUCUGCGAAUCUCCGGCACCAGAUGCUGACCGCAGAGUACGUCGCCUCCACGGUGAACAGAGGAAGCUACUUCUGGUCCCUUGGCUUGCGUGCAUUCUACUUCUCUUUCCCUUUGUUUAUGUGGAUCUUUGGACCAAUUCCCAUGUUCUUUUCUAGUGUUGCUCUUGUUUUCAUACUUUACUUCUUGGAUGUCACAAUGGAGUGUGGAUGGGCUGGGGUUGCUGACUCUGAUAGUGUUGAGGCUGAUUCGGACCACCAUCAUGUUGACAUGGAAAAUGGAAGGUCAAAUUAGAAGCUAGUUUGUUGAUUAAUGUUAAUGGUUUAAAAACCAGUUUAGAAACUUGUACAAUUGAUUCUGAAGCUAGAAUCAAUAUUCGUGAGUAGCUUUUGAAUUUCAGAAUUAUGUACCAAACAAAAGCUUAGCAUGCUAUAAGUGCUUUGCCUUAGUAGCUUAGUAUAUAGGCUAGCAAAGCUCAAAGAUCCAAUUCAAAAUUCAACACAAGUUGAAUUGAAUUUGCUUUUGACGUUAUGGAAUUGAAGUAUUUUUGUUUUGCAACGUUGUUUAUUAUUGAUAAAUGCUAAAUUGAGGUUGCUCUUUGCAGA